CGCAAGUCCGCUAAAAGCUCGCUACCGGACCGGAAUUGCCCAAUUUGAACCGGCGGAUAUCUAUCCAUCGGCGGCGCUCCACUGUUUAAUUAACUACGGACCAGCAUAGACACUCCGGUUUAUCAGAAUAUCAAUUAACUCCUUCAUGCACCUAGCUAGAACAGCACCCCCAGGGUAAGUCUAACGCUGUUAACUUCUGCCGAGAUCCAUCCGGUGGACUUAGUUCUUAUCUUAAACACGCAUGUGCAAAAGUCCCGCCAAUGAAGAAGGUGAGAUUUGAUAUUGGCUUCGCAUUAGCUUCUGAUAAGCGGGGGAAGCUACACCAUGGAGGACCUAAACUACACGUAGGUAUACGAAAAAUAUACAAAAAAGGGAAGAUGUCACCCCUUACGUCGAACACAUAAUACACCACCCUAAAUUUCUCAGCCCAUAGUAGUUUCAUGAAGCAUGACUCCCCAUACAGCAGAGGACCAUUCCUUUGACGAGGCUGGUCAGGAAGCAAUCGCAGAGAAGAAGGGCUUUCACGACAAUAUUGGAUCGUACGAUGUGGAGAACACUGCCGGCCAGUUGAAAGAGGUGCACGACUUCAAGCAAGGCCUCCACCAACGGCACAUUCAGAUGAUCGCUUUGGCUGGCACCAUUGGAACUGGUCUUUUCCUAGGUUCUGGGCGAGCCAUUGCAACAGCGGGACCUCUUGGAGCCUUUCUCGGUUACAGCAUCAUCGGGCUCACGGUGUCGAGCGUUGUGUUCGGUGUCGGAGAAAUGGGUGCCUUGGCCCCCCUUACUGGCGGUGCCAUUCGAUAUCUUGAACUCUUCUGCGAUCCUGCGUUAGCCUUUGCCAUCGGAUGGAACCAUGUUUACUCCUAUAUUGUUUCAAUCCCCUCCGAGAUCGUAGCAGCAGCCGUUAUUGUUGAGUUCUGGGCAACGAUCAACAACGCCAUAUGGAUCACUGUGUUUGGGGCCCUCAUGCUCGCAACUUCACUCCUCUUCGUCCGCAUCUAUGGAGAGCUUGAGUUCGGUUUCUCGAUAUUAAAGAUUAUGCUUGUGAUUGGCAUAAAUAUCAUGGCAUUAGUCAUUACAUGCGGCGGCGGCCCUGACCACAAAGCCAUCGGAUUCAGCUACUGGAAGGACCCCGGUCCUUUUGUACAGUACCUAGGGGUUGGUGGAUCCCUAGGCCAGUUCCUGGGAUUUUGGACGACUUUGAAUAAUGCUCUGUACGCAUAUUCCGGCAUAGACAAUAUUACGGUAGCGGCUGCAGAGACGCGUAACCCUCGCCAGGCAAUCCCACAGGCUGCCCGGCGGAUCUUCAUCCGAAUUCUUCUCUUCUACGUCUUGACAAUAUUCAUGGUCGGCCUGGUUGUGCCAUCCAAUGAUCCCGACUUGUUAGGCUCGACUAGCACCGCAGCUCACUCUCCAUUUGUCAUUGCCGCCAAAAAUGCAGGUAUCUCGGCGGUGCCCUCUAUCAUCAAUGCCGUGGUCCUCACCUCCGCCUGGUCCUCAGGCAAUUCCAACAUGCUCGGAGGCUCCCGUAUCCUCUAUGGUAUGGCCUCUAACGGCCAUGCGCCCCAGGUCUUUAAGCGGAUGAAUCGCUUCGGCGUCCCUUACGUCUCCGUCGCGCUUUAUGGCAUCUUCAUGGCUCUGGGAUAUAUGACCCUCUCCGACUCGGCAAGCACCGUCUUCACUUGGCUCCAGGAUAUUGUCUCCAUAUCGACCCUUGUGAACUGGGUCUGUAUCUGCAUCGUGUACCUCCGCUUCUAUUAUGGGUGCAAAAAGCAAGGCAUUGACCGCCACAAGGAACUGCCCUGGGCCGCUCCGUUCCAGCCAUGGACCACCUGGUUCUCCUUGGUCCUCCUUAUCGUUCUGUUCUUCACGGGAGGGUAUAAGACGUUCAUGAAUAGACGGUGGGAUACCGAGACGUUCAUCUCGUCGUACGUGAAUGCGCCCGUCAUUAUCGCCCUAUACCUCGGGUACAAGUAUUUGAAGAAGACGAAUAUUAUCCCGCUGGAGGAUAUCCCGAUCCGUCCGUUUAUUGAGAAUUACCAGAAUAAUCCUGAUCUAGAGGCUAAGCCAAAGAAGGGACUUCGCCGGUUGGAUAUAUUGUGGUCAUGAUUU